CACACACAGACACUCACAUACAAAAUUAUAGAUAACUACACAAAUACUCAGAUCUUGAGCUGGGAAUCCUACUUUGGGAAUCACCUGAAGACACGACAGAGAGAACAAGGCCAGGGGUCCAGCCUGUGCAAGUUUGUGCACACAAUCCAAAGAGCCCUACGCAGCUGGUUUGACCGACUCGGAUCUACUGGGCUACAGUCAUUGUCAGCAGGGGAGGGAGUGCUGACAUUGUCCACCUAACACCAUGGACCAGGAGGAUGACAAAAACUCCCUGGAUAUCCAUGACAACCCUCCAGCUCCUGACAAUCUACUGAAGGAGGACGGAGACACUGUCUAUUUCAUAUAUGACGAGGAGGUGGAGGUGGAGGAGAAGGAACCAGAACCUCCUCCACCAGUUGUCAGAGUCAACGACAAACCUCACAAGUUCAAGGACCACUACUGCAAGAAACCCAAGUUCUGUGACGUCUGUGCUCGAAUGAUCGUCUUGAACAACAAGUUUGCUCUGAGGUGUAAAAACUGCAAGACCAACAUCCACCAUUCAUGUCAGUCCUAUGUCGAGUUCCAGAGAUGCUUUGGAAAAAUUCCCCCUGGCUUCAGAAGGGCCUACAGCUCCCCCCUGUACAGCAGCGACCAAGAUCCAAACUCGAGGAGCGACCCCGUCUUCGACACCCUGCGGGUCGGGGUCAUCAUGGCAAAUAAGGAGCGCAAAAAGAAUGAAAACGACAAGAAAAACUUGAUGGUGAUGAUGGAGGAAGAGGAAGAAGAGAACCAACAGCCCAAAGAGAACGAUGAGGGAGAAGGUAAGCCUGAUGAUAAGAAAGACAAAGGAGAACACAAAGCAGAUGAAAAGAGUAAAGGCACAUUCUCCCAAUCCCACUACUACCUGGCUCUCUACCGCUUUAAGGCCAUUGAGAAAGACGACCUGGACAUCCACCCCGGUGAUCGGAUCACCGUCCUGGAUGACUCAAAUGAAGAGUGGUGGAGAGGAAAGAUGGGAGAUAAGACGGGCUACUUCCCCACCAACUACCUCAUAAAGGUGCGCGCGUCGGAGAGAGUCUUCAAGGUGACUCGCUCCUUUGUGGGGAACAGAGAGAUGGGACAGAUCACACUGAAGAAAGAUCAGAUUGUGGUGAAGAAGGGAGAUGAGAAGGGCGGCUACCUGAAGGUCAGCACCGGACGCAAGCUGGGCUACUUCCCUGCUGAUCUGCUGGAGGAGAUCACUGUGACAUAGAAGCCAUGAUGUGCAGUGAUAGCCACAACACACUUUAAAUAUCAGCACAAACUGGGGCCUUACAGCUGUUUUCUACAUUUACUCUUACUGUGUCGGUCACUGCAGAUGCGUAUUUGCUGUGAUCCCUUUGCGCCUUUGACACGAAGUGAAGCACGAGAACAAAGACAUUGAGGAUUUGAAAAACUGUUUCAUUGACACUGACAGUUUUAAGUUGGAAAGACACAAUUUGUGAUAUAAUGGUUUUGUUGUGAAUAGUUUUAAAAAUAAAAAAGCUAAAUGCUUUAAUUUACUGCCGGCUGACAGGAGCUUUGAGGAGAGGCUGGGGAAACCUGCAGAGGUCAUAGUGCAAGUCAUGAAUUGUUUUGCAAUUGAUAUUUGAAACAUGCAUCCAUGUAUGUUUUUGACAAUAGUGAUGGAAAGUUCCUCUAACAUCUUACAACUCUACCUCUGAGUAGCAGAUACCUUUUUAUAAGAGGCAGCAAAUGGGAAUGAUUUGUUACCAUUUGCUUCUCUGCCCUUGACAGUUACAUAAAUAAAGCCAUUUCAACAUGUACAUAUCUUUCUAUUAACAAUGUAAUAAGGAAAAACGCAGACAAUUUUACUGGACUGGGUUUGAACAGAAUUUCACAUGACUUUACUGUGGAUACGACUGGAUAAUGCCUUACGUGUAAAUGUUUCAAAUAUUAAAC